GGAUACUGAUUUGUUGUUCUUGUGAUAUUCUUCUCACAGAAGCAAAACGAUCAAACGUAAAACUUCGCUGACUUUUUGUUGUUGUGUAGAUUUAAAAAGGAGGAGUUUGGGACGCUAGCUGUCAUUUAGCCGAGCCGGUCCGCUCAGAGAUGAGCGUCACUCUGGAUAUUAAACUAAAACGAGCCAACAAAGUGUACCAUGAGGGGGAAACGGUGGCGGGCGUCAUCACGCUGUCGUGCAAAGAGGCGAUGCAGCACCACGGCAUCUCUCUCAGCAUGGAGGGAAUCGUCAACCUCCAGCUCAGCUCCAAGAGCGUCGGCGUCUUCGAGGCCUUCUACAACUCUGUCAAGCCGAUCCAGCUGAUCAGCCACAACAUCGAGGUGGCCAAGGCGGGGAAAAUCCCAGGAGGGAAGACGGAGAUCCCGUUUGAGUUCCCUCUGAACGCCAAAGGCAACAAAGUGCUGUAUGAGACCUACCACGGAGUGUUUGUCAAUAUUCAGUACUCCCUCCGCUGUGACCUGAAGCGCUCCCUGCUGGCCAAAGACCUGAGCAGGAACUGUGAGUUCAUCGUCCACUGUCAGCCACAGAAGGCAAAGGUGGUCCCAGCUCCGGUCAACUUCACCAUCACGCCCGACACGCUGCAGAACAUACGUGAGAGGAGUUUACUGCCCAAGUUUCUGAUCCGGGGUCAUCUGGACGCCACCAGCUGUGUGAUCAGCCAGCCCCUGACCGGCGAGGUGGUGGUGGAGAAGUCAGAGGUCCCCAUUAAGAGCAUCGAGCUGCAGCUUGUUCGAGUGGAAACCUGCGGCUGCGCCGAAGGCUACGCCCGAGACGCCACGGAGAUCCAGAACAUCCAGAUAGCGGAAGGAGACGUCUGCCACGGCCUCCCGAUCCCCAUCUACAUGGUCUUCCCCCGGCUGUUCACCUGCCCCACGCUGGAGACCACCAACUUCAAAGUGGAGUUUGAAAUCAACAUCGUCAUCAUCCUUCACGACGACCACCUGAUCACGGAGAACUUCCCUCUGAAGCUCUGCAGAGUCUGAACGCCUCAUUUACUUCCAUCGAAAACAUUCAGGCCCAAUGAAGGAAAUCGGCUCGUAAACGUGAAUCAUCUGCAAAAGAGCCGACGUGUGAAGAUGACAGUCUUAGAGUGUGAGAAUUAACUUAACAUUCAGACUGAAGAGUACUUGGUUGGGUUUAUAUGUUGACUGUUUGCACGCAUCUAAAGAGCUGCACAUUAUAGAACGCAUUCUCCCGCGGCAUGCCGUGUUUCAUGCCUGUUGGUUUUCCUCAUGGUAGAAAUCUCAUUCAAAAAACGUCCCAUAAUAAUGCCAUUACACGUUUUCCCUCAUGUUGUGCAGCCAUUGUGUGAACUGUGAACUUCAAAAGACUCAAGAUGUUAAAUUUAAACAUUCCUCUGCAAGAAAAAAAGCAGCCCGCCUCAGAUCCUGCAGGUUUCUGGAGGAAUUUCUUCUCUUGUGGACCUGAAGACGUCUUCAAUGAAGCCGCAUCAGAAUCGGCUGAAGCUGUUCUAGGCCAAGGAUGAGCCUCUUUAAAUAUAAAGGAAUAAUUAAACGUUUGUGGAAACGACUGUUUUGUAAACUAAAUAAAUUGUCUAAUUUCUCAUUGCAGCUUUUUUUUAAACA